UGCGCAUUCGCCGUUCUACAACCUCCACGAGAGCUUCUGUGAUCGUUUCAUUUUGGGAAGAGGGUACUUCACUUGGCGUUAAAGAGAUAUUUGAGGGUCUAGGCAUACGGAUACAGGAAUCAUGGCGAAGAAGGAUAACGACACUGACGACAUCCCACAUGAGCGAGAGGGCGCGAGGCCGGACUACUCAGUGCAGCCUGCGAGGAAGAUCCUACCCAAGGGAUUGCAGGAGACACUGGACGACGACGAGAAGCUAUGGGAGACGUUGUAUGAUGGAUCUUCCGGCGACACCACAGACAGCGACCUCCGCUACGCCGCCUACGCCUCUCGCGUGCGUACCAUUCUCCGCGCCGGCCAACGCUACAUCGCAUACACCUCAGACAUCGGCGAGUCCUUCCGCCCGGUUGCCCAUCCAUGGUUGGUCAAAGGUGCAUACGCUGUCUCUUGGCUUUACCUGGCCGGCGACGUCAGUCACGAAGGCUACAAAGCAUAUCUACGGAACCAGCGGGUGCUGCACCCAGAACUGCAUAACGCGGAGAAGGACAGCUCAGGCAACUCGAUCGUUGAGGGCGUAAAGAAGCUCCUACCGGCGGGUGUAGCGGAUGGCUCCGCUAUAACGGGUACGCAUGUCGUUCCGGGGAUCGUGCCAGCGAUCGAGGAUUAUCGGUCUGUGAUGGCGCAACGAGCGCUUUUCCAGGGUUUAGCGAGUAUGGGAUUGCCAGCGUUCACGAUACAUAGCAUCGUAAAGUACUCAGGUAAAGCGAUGAAGGACGUCAAGAAUGUGAGGAUCCGGACGUAUGGACCGAUUGGGCUCGGGCUAGCAGCUGUGCCGUUCCUACCGUUCAUUUUCGACGAGCCAGUCGAGAAGGCGGUCGAGUGGGUGUUCCACAAGGGCUUCGAAGCGGUUGGCGGCCCGGAAGCUGUGGCGGGCAGGCCAGUAACAGGACUGAAGGAGCUGAGACGUGAGGAGUCGAAAGCUGGUGCUGCAAAAGAGAAGGAACUCUGAGCAUUGACUUGUGGUGAGUGAAUAUGAGGCACUAACACGGAAGUGGUCCAAUUGUAUUAUUCAAGCUAUGGGGUGAUGAUGGGGUGUCGAGGCGUAGAUUUUACUCGAAACGUGUAUAUAUGACGAUAUCACAAACUUCCUACUAGAUAUGUUCAUUGAACGUUGCUGAC